CCCCAAACCCCCCCGUCCUCUCCCCGCGCCGGCCUCGCCGGAACCCUAGCCGCCGCGCCGGCGAUCGAGGGCGAUCGCAUUGGCCGAUGGCGACCCACCCGUACAAGAGGGGUUACCUGUGCGCGGGGAGCUCCUCGUUCGACGACCCCGACGUCGUCGAGGUGUCGCCGGCCGCCGCCGCCGCCGCCGGCGGGUGGAACCCCGCCCACCAGAAGAGGAAGCGGAGCCAGGUUGUUCCUCAUGAAAUAAUUGAAAUUGACGAUGAUCCUGAUGGUGUUGUCAUUAUUGGUGAGAAAACACCAGUUGAAAAGAAUAAACAUUCAGUUGGAUGUCCUCUUGUUUGGCCAAAGCAUGUCAAGUAUAGUGUGGCUGGUGACACUGCCGGACCAAGCACCUAUGCUUCAAACAGUGCUGCCAUUAUGGGUGGUUUUAAGAAAGUUACUGCCGAACCAAGCACCUAUGCUUCAAACAGCGCUGCCAUUAUGGGUGGUCUCAAAGAAGUUACCUCCGGAUCAAACACCUAUGUUUCAAGCAGUACUGCCGUUAAGUAUGCUUUCCAUAAAAAAUAUGUGGAAACCACAGCCUACCAUGAUUAUGAUGACUACCAUUUUGACGCAUUCGAGGAAGAGGAAGACUUUGCUUACGAGGAAGAUGACUACUACGAAAACUAUGAGUUUGAUGAUACACUUUAUGAGAGUGAAUAUAACUAUAAUCUAUCUGCCAACUCUGAUGGCUUGGAUAUCCCGCCUGCAGUGGAUGCUCCUUCACUAUGGCUGCAGAAGACUUCCGCUGAGAUGUCGAAUAAUUCCAAACCCAUCCCAAUCUUGGAUGAUAAAGUUGAUGAAAAAUACAACACAUUUAAGCAAUUUGAUACUGUUGAUGGUCAUAGUGAUCAUUAUUUUGCGAAACCAGAGUUAAGGAAAGCUCUGGUAGUGAAGAAGCCAUCAAAAGACUGGGCAAAGCGCAUUCAGCAUGAGUGGAAAGUCUUGGAAAAAGACUUGCCAGAUACCAUAUUCGUGAGGGCCUACGAGGAUAGAAUGGACCUUCUUAGAGCUGUCAUUAUGGGUCCAGCAGGCACUCCUUACCAUGAUGGGCUCUUUUUCUUUGACAUUUACUUCCCUCCGCAAUAUCCAAACACACCUCCACUUGUUAACUACCGUUCUGGUGGGCUGCGGCUUAAUCCGAACCUGUAUGAUUGUGGAAAGGUGUGCCUUAGCCUGUUAAACACCUGGGCUGGUAGUGGAUGUGAGAAAUGGAAUCCAUCGAAUUCAACCAUGCUGCAGGUCCUUGUCUCCAUUCAGGCUCUGGUUUUGAACGCCAAACCUUAUUUCAAUGAGCCUGGGUAUGCUAACUCAGCUAACACACCUGCCGGGGAGAAGAGAUCCCUAACUUAUAACGAGGACACCUUCCUGCUGUCCUGCAGGACGAUGUUGUAUUCUCUCCGAAAUCCACCAAAGCAUUUUGAGGAUUUUGCCACCGGCCAUUUCCGCAAGCACGCGCACAACGUCCUGGUGGCCUGCAAGGCCUACCUGGACGGCGCCCAGGUCGGGUGCCUCGCCGGGAACGGGGUGCAGGACGUGGACGAGGGCGACAAGAGCUGCUCGCUCAAGUUCAAGACCUCCCUCAAGAGGCUCUUUGAGGAGCUGCUGAUGGCGUUCACGGUGAAGGGAGCAGACUGCGGCAAGUUCCUGUCGGAGAAGGCGAAGAAGUCGGCCGCCUCCACCUCCACCUCCAGAGGGCCGCCGGCAGACACCACGCUGAGGCUAUAAGCAGUGGUCGCCAGCCGAGCCGAGCCAAAAUGGUUAGCAAUAAUAUCGUCCAUGGAAGCGAUUCUAGGGUUGUCGAGCCUAGCUGUAACUCCUGUCCUCGAUGGUCCGAUAGGAGGCGCGGGAGAGGGGAAAAUCUGAUUGUUUUUGUGUAUAAAUAGUCUUAUAUGUACAUAUGCGUCCCCCCGGCCUAGCUCUUCCGGUGAACAUAAUCCGUCAGUACGUUUAGGAACAAAGUAUCAUCAUCGUGAGCACUCAGCACCAUCCACCACCUGUGAGACUUUUAUGAUUAAUGUCACCGUCCUAGGCUUAAUAUACAUAAUAUCUGAUGGAGUUUGUCAGCA